UCGCUUCCACAUUUUUAUUCUUACCGGUUCAAAGCUUUUCUCGUUCGUUUUUGAUUUUUUUUUUCAAAUUACAUAUUAGUUAUAAAAAAAUGGUUAAGAUUUAUUUGUUUGUUUCUCUUUACGCUUUAAUUUUUAUUGUCGUUUCGAGCCAAGGAAAUGUUGUGACACACCGAGAUGCGUGUGGGGAGCUCAUUAAUGUUGACAAAGCGGUCGUGAUCGACGGUCCGUUCCACGAGGAUUGUAUUUUGGAAUUCCGGACACAAGAGGACCGCAUUCUGGCAUUUUCCGUCGUCGAUGGAGACGUGAAAGAAGCUAGCGAAUUGUUUACAAUUCACGAUGGAAUCUCUAGAGCGUCUCCGAUUCUCCUAGCAGAAAAUCAAAUGAUCCUCGAUGAGCUUUCAAGAAAAGAUUUGCCAUCGACUCUUUACUCGACACAAUCGACAGCUAGCGUGAGAUUUACAAAGACGCCUUCUUCAAAGUUACUACUCAAAAUUCAAAAGGCGGUCAGUUGCUCGUUAAAUGUGGGACCAGAAACCCAAUGUGGUCGAGUGGUUGACGAAGUUUCUUGCUAUUGCGCCAAUUUCGCCAACAAAAAUCAUCCAGACCACACCAUGUCAUGCAUUGAUAACAAUAUGACAUUGGUGUCCUUUGAAAAUCGAACAGAGGAAGAGUUCGUGCAAAGAACUUGGAGCACUCAAAUUCCUUUUUGGACUUCAUUGACUGAUGCUCGACGCGAUGGGACUUGGGUUUGGGAAGGUACCAUGACCAUACUCGGCGCUGGGGACUACACCCACUGGUUUCCUGGAAGACCCAUUCUUGCCAAAGACAAUGAAGAGGAUUGCAUGUUGUACGGUGGCAAUACAUUUUUUGCAUAUUGGGGUGACGUUAAUUGUAUCACAACGUUGGCCAAUGCUAUAUGCGAAGCGCAUCCUUAGACAAUUAUUACAACAAAUAAAAUGUUUAUUUUAUCGUG